CAAACAAUGUAUCAUUUUGUUUUCUUUCAGGAUUUGGAGUUCCAUGGAGUGAUGAGAUUUUAUUUUCAAGAUAAAGCUGCUGGAAACUUUGCAACAAAAUGUAUUCGGGUCUCUAGUACUGCCACUACCCAAGAUGUGAUUGAAACUCUCGCAGAGAAAUUCCGACCUGAUAUGCGAAUGCUAUCUUCUCCCAAGUAUUCCCUCUAUGAAGUGCAUGUCAGUGGAGAAAGAAGAUUGGAUAUAGAAGAGAAACCUCUAGUUGUACAAUUGAAUUGGAACAAAGAUGAUCGAGAGGGCAGAUUUGUUCUUAAGAACGAGAACGAUGCCCUUCCCCCUAAGAAGGCUCAAAGUAAUGGACCUGACAAACAAGAAAAAGAAGGUGUUAUCCAGAAUUUCAAGAGGACACUUUCAAAGAAAGAAAAGAAGGAAAAGAAGAAGCGAGAAAAAGAGGCAUCGCGACAGGCGUCGGAUAGAGACGAGAGACCUUUCCAAGGGGAUGACAUUGAGAAUUCUCGACUGGCUGCUGAGGUCUACAAAGAUAUGCCUGAAACUAGCUUUACACGAACAAUUUCUAAUCCUGAAGUGGUUAUGAAACGACGGCGGCAACAAAAAUUAGAAAAGAGAAUGCAGGAAUUUCGGAGCUCAGAUGGACGGCCUGAUUCAGGUGGAACAUUGAGAAUUUAUGCAGAUAGUUUAAAACCAAAUAUUCCCUACAAGACCAUCCUGCUGUCUACUACAGACCCUGCAGACUUUGCUGUGGCAGAGGCUUUGGAGAAAUACGGUCUGGAGAAAGAAAACCCUAAGGAUUACUGUAUUGCUCGGGUCAUGCUUCCUCCCGGGUCUCAGCAUUCUGAUGAGAAAGGUGCUAAAGAGGCCAUCCUUGACGACGAUGAGUGUCCCUUACAGAUCUUCAGGGAAUGGCCCAGUGACAAAGGGAUUCUAGUCUUUCAAUUGAAGAGGAGGCCACCAGAUUACAUCCCAAAGAAAACAAAGAAACAUCUGGAAGGGAAGCAGCUGAAAGGGAAGGAGAGAGCUGAUGCUGCUGGCUACGGCUCUGCCCUUCCCCCUGAGAAACUGCCAUAUUUAGUGGAGUUAAGCCCAGAUGGCUCUGACUCCAGAGAUAAGCCAAAGCUCUACCGCCUCCAGUUAAGUGUGACUGAAGUUGGGACAGAAAAGUUGGAUGACAGCUCUAUCCAGCUGUUUGGCCCAGGGAUUCAGCCCCAUCACUGUGACCUCACCAACAUGGAUGGAGUGGUUACCGUGACACCUAGAAGUGUGGAUGCAGAGACCUAUGUGGAGGGCCAGCGCAUCUCAGAGACCACCAUGCUGCAGAGUGGCAUGAAAGUGCAGUUUGGGGCCUCUCAUGUGUUCAAGUUUGUGGACCCCAGCCAGGAUCACGCUCUCGCCAAAAGAGCUGUGGAUGGAGGCCUGAUGGUUAAGGGUCCGAGACAUAAACCUGGAAUUGUUCAGGAGACAACUUUUGAUUUAGGAGGAGAUAUUCAUAGUGGGACAGCAUUGCCAACAAGCAAGAGCACCACCAGGCUGGACAGCGACCGAGCACCGUCUGCCUCCAGCACAGCUGAGCGAGGGAUGGUAAAGCCCAUGAUCAGAGCAGAGCAGCAGCCAGACUAUCGCAGGCAAGAAAGCAGAACACAGGAUGCUUCUGGGCCUGAACUGAUAUUACCUGCAAGCAUUGAAUUCAGGGAAAGUUCUGAAGAUUCAUUUUUAUCUGCCAUUAUAAAUUAUACUAAUAGCUCUACAGUCCAUUUUAAGUUGUCCCCUACAUAUGUGUUAUACAUGGCAUGCCGGUAUGUAUUGUCCAGCCAGUACAGACCGGAUAUCAGUUCUGCAGAACGCACUCACAAAGUCAUUGCCGUAGUCAACAAGAUGGUGAGCAUGAUGGAAGGAGUCAUCCAGAAACAGAAGAAUAUUGCGGGGGCACUUGCCUUCUGGAUGGCAAAUGCAUCUGAACUUCUCAACUUCAUUAAGCAGGACCGAGACCUUAGUCGAAUCACAUUGGAUGCCCAAGAUGUUUUAGCACACUUGGUUCAAAUGGCAUUUAAAUACUUGGUUCACUGUCUUCAAUCAGAACUUAAUAAUUACAUGCCAGCCUUUCUAGAUGAUCCUGAAGAGAACAGUCUGCAAAGACCAAAAAUAGAUGAUGUGCUACACACACUCACGGGAGCCAUGUCCUUGCUGCGCCGCUGCAGAGUCAACGCUGCCCUGACCAUCCAGCUCUUCUCUCAGCUGUUCCACUUCAUCAAUAUGUGGCUGUUCAAUAGAUUGGUGACUGACCCGGAUUCAGGGUUAUGUUCUCAUUACUGGGGAGCAAUUAUCCGCCAGCAGUUGGGACAUAUUGAAGCGUGGGCAGAGAAGCAGGGCCUGGAGCUGGCUGCUGAUUGUCACCUGAGCAGGAUUGUGCAGGCAACCACUUUGCUUACCAUGGAUAAGUAUGCACCUGAUGACAUUCCAAAUAUAAAUAGCACCUGCUUUAAGUUAAAUUCCCUACAACUUCAAGCCUUAUUACAGAAUUAUCACUGUGCACCUGAUGAGCCUUUUAUCCCAACGGAUCUUAUAGAAAACGUAGUGGCUGUUGCCGAGAACACUGCUGAUGAGCUGGCCCGCAGUGAUGGGAGGGAGGUGCAGCUGGAGGAGGACCCUGACCUGCAGCUCCCUUUUCUUUUGCCAGAAGAUGGUUAUUCUUGUGAUGUUGUCAGAAACAUUCCAAAUGGUUUACAAGAAUUUUUAGAGCCUCUGUGCCAAAGAGGAUUUUGCAGGUUAAUUCCUCACACACGUUCGCCAGGGACUUGGACCAUAUAUUUUGAAGGUGCAGACUAUGAAUGUCACUUUCUGCGUGAGAACACAGAACUGGCUCAACCUCUGAGGAAAGAACCUGAAAUAAUCACAGUGACCUUAAAAAAACAGAACGGAAUGGGCCUCAGCAUUGUCGCAGCCAAGGGUGCUGGCCAGGAUAAACUGGGGAUCUACGUCAAGUCUGUGGUGAAAGGAGGUGCUGCAGACGUGGAUGGACGGCUAGCUGCAGGUGAUCAGCUGCUCAGUGUGGAUGGACGAAGUCUGGUUGGACUCUCACAGGAAAGGGCAGCAGAACUUAUGACAAGAACCAGCUCUGUGGUGACACUUGAAGUGGCAAAGCAAGGCGCCAUCUACCACGGCCUAGCUACCCUCCUCAACCAACCGUCCCCCAUGAUGCAGAGAAUGUCUGAUCGCCGUGGCUCAGGGAAACCCCGACCAAAGAGUGAAGGUUUUGAGCUCUACAAUAAUUCAGCUCAAAAUGGGUCUCCUGAGAGUCCUCAGCUGCCUUGGGCAGAAUACAGUGAACCAAAGAAAUUGCCUGGUGAUGACAGACUGAUGAAAAACAGAGCUGAUCAUCGCUCUAGCCCUAACGUGGCAAAUCAGCCUCCCAGUCCUGGAGGGAAAAGUUCAUAUGCUUCUGGAACAACAGCAAAGAUAACAUCUGUCUCUACUGGAAACCUCUGCACUGAGGAGCAGACUCCUUCUCCUAGACCUGAAGCCUACCCCAUCCCCACUCAGACAUACACCAGAGAGUAUUUUACCUUCCCAGCUUCCAAAUCCCAGGAUCGGAUGGGACCUCCUCAGAACCAGUGGCCAAAUUAUGAGGAAAAGCCGCCUGUGCACACAGACAGUAAUCAUUCCAGUAUUACAGCUCAGCGUGUUACCCGUUCCCAAGAAGAACUUAGGGAAGAUAAAGUUUACCAACUUGAUCGACAUCACAUGGAGAUGACGACAGAUCGGAAGUCCGACAGUGACAUGUGGAUCAAUCAGAGCUCAUCUCUGGACUCCAGUACAUCCAGCCAGGAGCAUCUGAACCAUUCCUCUAAGUCGGUGACCCCUGCUUCCACGCUGACUAAGAGUGGCCCUGGCAGAUGGAAAACACCAGCCACUGUUCCGCCCACUCCAGUGGCUGCCUCUCAGCCUGUCCGGACAGACCUGCCUCCGCCACCCCCUCCGCCUCCUGCCCAUUAUGCCAGUGAUUUUGAUGGAAUCCCCAUGGAUUUGCCUCUCCCACCCCCUCCUUCUGCCAAUCAGAUAGGACUGCAGUCUGCACAGGUGGCAGCUGCAGAACGGAAAAAGAGAGAAGAGCAUCAGCGGUGGUACGAGAAGGAGAAGGCACGCUUGGAGGAGGAGCGGGAGCGGAAGCGCAGGGAGCAGGAACGGAAGCUGGGUCAGAUGCGCUCUCAGGCCCUCAACCCUGCCCCCUUCUCUCCCCUGACCACGCCACAGAUAAAGCCAGAAAAGCCUUCCACACUGCAGAGGCCCCAAGAAACGGUCAUUCGGGAACUGCAGCCCCAGCAGCAGCCCCGCACGAUCGAGCGCAGGGACUUGCAAUACAUCACGGUCAGCAGGGAGGAGCUGUCCUCUGGGGAUAGUCUGUCUCCAGACCCCUGGAAGCGGGAUGCCAAGGAGAAGCUGGAGAAGCAGCAGCAGAUGCACAUUGUGGACAUGCUGAGCAAGGAGAUCCAGGAGCUCCAGAGCAAGUCAGACCGCAGCGCCGAGGAGAGCGACCGCCUGCGGAAGCUCAUGCUGGAGUGGCAGUUCCAGAAGAGGCUCCAGGAGUCGAAGCAGAAGGAUGAGGACGACGAGGAAGAGGAGGAUGACGAUGUGGACACCAUGCUGAUCAUGCAGCGCCUGGAGGCUGAGCGAAGAGCCAGGGACGAGGAACGGAGACGCCAGCAGCAGUUAGAAGAGAUGCGGAAACGGGAAGCCGAGGACCGUGCCCGGCAGGAGGAGGACCGUGCCCGGCAGGAGGAGGAGCGGGUAAAGCGAGAUGCCGAAGAAAAGGUCAUGGUCCUCUGAGGGCAGCUAGAGUCUCCCCAGAUUAGCCUGAGCGCCACGCUGGGCUGGGGCAGAGGGGGGUAGGUGUGUUACGGUGCACGAGACAGAGCAGGGGCUGCAUCCCCCAGCUUUUGUGAUUGGACCAAAAACUUGAACCCCAUCUGGCUACCUGCCUGUCCUCUGGACUGUCUCCAAAUGCCCUUACCUUCUGAGUUGGUCUCCCUCGAGCUUCUGAACUCUUAGGUGUGUGUAGUGGUGAGCCUCUUUGCAAAGGGUCUGCAUAGUUGGGGCUCUGAUCUUUACUGGACAUGGUCCAGCUUGUUAUUGGGAAGGUGAUAUUUGCUCAGUUAUUAUUUAAAUUGAGUUUGAACCAUGGGAGCAGUAGGAAUAGUAAGACAGCCUGUUAACAUUAAACAUUUCAAGUAGCUAUUUACUGAAAUUACUCAAUGCUGGUUGAUGGUAAAGAGAGCAUAUGGCUUAUACAAGGAAAAUUUAGUAUGUAAUCUGGUUUAUUUCUAUGUGUGUGUGUUUUUUUUAAUUCAAGUAAUUCUCUUUAUAGUUUAAUUUAAAAAUGGCAGUUUUACCUCCUGAGAAAUGGGACCUUUGAGAUACUGUUCUCCAGAUGACUCUUUGUCCUGUGUGCUCAUAGCUGGGCCCUCUGGGACAAGGAGGCUGUCGUCAUUGAGUUCAUGGGGGGUGGGGGUAGGCGGGUCUGUCUCAUCUGGAGGGGCUGCAUGCUGCAGUGUGUGGUGUGAGAGGGGCUGGGCUGUUCUUCUCUGUUACUCCCUUCUGUGAAGGUAGAAGCUUUUGAGUAUUAUAGCUUCUGAUGGGGAAAAAUUUUUUGCUAAUAACUCCUUGACAGUCUAGGGAACUAUAUUAAUAGAACACCCCUGCUCCCCUCAGAAAAGAACUUUUAGGAAGCUUUUUGUAAUGAUAUAAUGUAUUAUGAUACAGAACAAGGCAAGAUUGAUAGACAUGAUAUGACUCAUUUCAGUGGAAUUUCAGUGACUAGUAUCAGGACACAUACCUGUAUUAAAAUCAGUGAUUUGUGCAUUUUGUAGACCUUCACCUUCCUUAAAAUUUAUCAUUAUAUUAUGUAUUGUAUCUGAACAGCUUUUGAAGUAUUCUCAGACAUUUUAGGCUUUCAGGAUUAGGUUACCCUGAGUCUUUCGUUUGUGAAAUGGUGAGUCAAAAUUGAUGAUCUUUCUAAGGAAAUCAGAUUCUCAAAAUUUUGAGCCACAUGAUUUCUAAGUAUUUAUGGUGUUUGUUGUUUUGCUAUUCUGUGAAACCCCCUUCUUGCUGUUUGGAGGGAGAGGCUCUUCCAGUUCUCUGCCAGCUCGAGCUUCCCACCCCCUAUGCAGUACUCACUGCUUGAGUUAGGGCCUGGCCUGACCUCAUGUGGCAGGGGCAGUCUGGUUAACACAUGGAGUGGUGCGCUUGGGGACAGGGUCAGGCUAUGCUGUCUGUAUGGAGGGGCCCCUGGGUUACUUAAUCUUUCCAAAAUGUGUUCUCACAACUCAUGAUUAUGUCAAGUACACUUAGGUUUUAGUAACUGCUUCCAUAAUUGAGUGGUCACUGUAAAAAGAAGUUGAUGAACUAUUUUUUAUACAGAAUGUCCAAAAUUUCUGGGUUUGCUUUGUUAUAGAAAAAUGUGCUAUUUGUUUGUUGGGUAGAAUAAAUCACCUUGUAAUUGUUAUCUGCUCUUGGUAUAACUAUAAAAGAGGAUGUUUUGGUUUUUCCCUAAAUGUUAUCAAGCAACUAUUCUUCAUGUUAAUACUAAGAUUCUUGAUACUUUCAUUUAAAGCCACAGAAGUCAUUCUGGUUUGAUCCCUGAUGUCAAGGGAACACUUUGUACAGACAAGAAGAUAAAAAUGUCUUUCCUUCAGGAUCUGUCAAUGUAGAAUGAGAAGAGACGAUGAGAAAUUGGGUUUAGGGCAGUGCUGGGGCUGGCAUGUGAUCUUAGGUUUCUCUCCCUCAGGAGGUGGAGCAGUGACCCUGUGUGUUCACUCUGUGUGCGUGCGUGUGGCUCUGGGGGGGCAGUGGGGGAAAUACAGUGCAAAAAUUAAAACAGGGAUAAAACCUAAUGCCAGCAAGGUCCCUAAAAUUAGUUCCUGGCUGGAUGAAUUGGGAGGUGAUCAUGCUCCAUCACCUAGCAUUCAGCAUCACUCAGGCAGAUUCUUCUGCUGGGUCUUCAUCCCCUUUCCUAUUUCCUUUUUUCUUGUGCUCUGAAACUUUUGUCAAUCUUUAAAAAAAAAACAAAACUGUGCUGUUACCUUUUUUUAAAUGUUAAAUUUUAACACUGUCAACUGUAGUUUGUGCAGAUGUGUCAGAAAAAAUGUACAGUAUGUGUCAAAAUAUAUUUGAAUAUCUUGUUGCUGUUACUUAAUGCCUGGCUCUCUACUUUUCUGUCAGGGAGUUUACUAAGAUUUGAAAUACAAGUUAAGAACUGUGGAAAGCAUAUUUGUUAGAUUACUGCUUUGGGAGAAUGAGUGACUUUGUACAGUUUGUGGUGUCCUGUUAAUUUCUCUCCUGGAACUGGAGGUGAAUGGGGGUUGUUUGCUCACAUCAUCCCUGUCCAGGAGGGGCUGCCCUUCUGGACUGUCUGGGUCAUAGCCAUGGAGAGCUGGGGUUUAGUUUGUGCUGUCCUUAGCAACAGCAGUAACAGGUAAGUUGACAUCCUCCUGAAAACCAGAAGAGCUGCAGGAAGCAUGCCGGAGAGCAGAGGAACUGAGCCAGUGGGACGGGCGGGAGGGGCUGUGGUGGGAGUUGGGAGCCCACACCUGAGUUCGGCCCACGCUGCUGAGCAGCCUUCUGUUGGGUACCCAGAGUAGACUGUGCUUUCCUGAGUCUCAAGAGAAGGCUUUCCAGGUCGACCUGCUGCUUCUGUCACAGUACUUGUGACAUUUAAACUUUGACAUCCCAGGGACUUGUCCAUCUUUGUGGUGGUGGGGACUGCUCUCUGUGAUGGCUCAAAGGGUGGGCAGUCCCCUCCUGCCUCUGAACUUUGCACUUUUGUCUAUUCCCGCCUGCAGAGGCGACAGGAAGAAGGGUAUUACAGCCGCCUGGAGGCCGAGAGGCGCAGACAGCAUGAUGAAGCAGCACGCAGGUUGCUGGAGCCCGAGGAGCCUGCUCUGUGCCGC